AUGAACAGUAAUAAUAUCGAAGGAUCGGUACCCCUAGCCUUGGCCAACUGUACGCAGUUACAGAUUCUUGAUUUUGGAAACAACAAGUUGAAAGACACAUUUCCAUGGUGGCUAGUAGCUCUUCCGAAGCUACAAAUCCUUGUGUUGCGUUCUAAUAGACUGCAUGGUAACUUGAGUGUUGGCAAUGUAAUUAAACAUCCAUUUCCUAAAUUGCGUAUCAUGGAUCUCUCUCACAACCGAUUCAGUGGCAACCUGCCAAUCAAUUUUUUUGAUAACUUCAAAGAUAUGGCAGAUUCAGAUCAACGAAUAGGAGUGAAUACCACAAUAGUAGGAGAUUCAUAUUACGAAGCUUCUAUUUCCUUAGUUGUCAAGGGAGAGGAUCUUGAAGUGAAAAGAAUUCUUUAUAUAUACACAAGCAUAGAUUUAUCAAGCAACAAGUUCACUGGCGGUGUUCCAAAAGUCCUUGGAGAACUUAAAUCACUCCGGCUGCUCAACCUUUCGGAUAACAAGCUUACAGGACAUAUACCAUCACUGCUGGGAUCAAUUCCCCAAGGCAGGCAAUUAGACACAAUGAGCAAUGAUUCAUAUCUAGGUAACCUGGCAUUGUGUGGAUUUCCUCUAACCAAGAAAUGUAGAUAUGAUGAGUUGCCAAAACCGGAAGUUGAUGAUGAUAAUGACGACGAUUGGUUUGAUUGGAAAAUGAUGCUGAUGGGGUAUGGAAGUGGAUUGGCAGGCGGGUUGUCCAUGGGAUAUAUUGUAUUCACAACCGGAAAGCCUUGGCGAUUUGUAAUGUUCGUUGAAAAAGCUCAGCAAAGGUUGAUCAGAAGAUAG